UGUCGGCCAUGAACGCGUUCAUUCCGCUCAGCAUCUCAGACAGUCCGGUUCUGCUACAGGAUUCCUGACCAGAAGCGCAAAAUGACGCGAUUUUUGGUUCUUUAUUACCAUUUUCUUCCUUUUACUCUCGUCCUUGGUGCCGAUUUGAAGGAAACUCCGAUUCUCGGAUCUCAAAAUAUCCCUCGCUUGUUAACAGGAGAAAUAACGGAUGGAUUCAAAUAUCAGGUCCAACAGAACCACAGUGUGUUUUUCAAGGACGAAGAUUCAGAGGAUUUAUAUGUUGGAGGAAGCGAUUUUGUUUAUAAAUUUGACAUGGAUCACCUUCAGCUCAUAGAGAAUAUUACUUUAAAACCCACUGGGCAGGACCACCAGUGCAUUCAGGAAUCCUGCCAGAAUGUGGUUACCGUCAUAGAAAAGUUCAAUGACAACCUACUUGUCUGUGCAGCAAACGGGCUGAAACCGCAGUGUUGGGACCUGUCUCCUUCAGGGCCAAUCCCACGCAAGGAAAGCGGCAUUUCUCCAUUUAUCUACAGUCAAAACUCCUUGACUCUUGUUGCAGAUGGAGAUCUUUAUGCUGCAGCACCUUUGGGGGAUGAUGGAGGUUUCUUGCAGUUUAGAAGAAUAGCCGGCAACAGAACCAAUGUCUGGAUGCAUGACAGCUGGGUAUCAGACCCCACGUUUAUCUCUGCCUCUUUGGUAAAGCGCACGAAUGACCCUGACAAUGAGAAAAUGUACAUCUUUUUCCGUGAAAGGAAUUCAGACCACAAUCCCGAAGCGGAUCCCUGGAUUUCAAGAAUUGCCAGAGUCUGCAAAGUAGAUGAAGGCGGAUCAAAACGGUUUUUCCAGAACAAGUGGACGUCCUUUCUCAAAGCUCGACUCGUCUGCGGAUUUCCAGAGGAGUCGCUGUAUUUCAACCGUCUUCAAGACAUUUAUGUGCUCCAUGCGGAAAACUGGCAUGAAACGAGAGUCUACGCUCUCUUCACGAGCAGUUGGAAUUCUACUGCUGUUUGCAUCUAUUCAAUGGAAAUGAUUGAAAACGUAUUUGAGAAUUCAUCUUUUAGGGGUUAUGAGAAAGAUGUUCCACAACCAAGACCAGGGACGUGUGUAGUGAACAGUCAGCGUCUUCCAUGGUCCACCAUCAGUGUUGUGAGGGAUCAUCCAGAAAUGACCGGCUGGGUUCAUUCUAUACAUCAGACAGCUCCAUUCUACAUCAGCAAUCACAAUUAUACCAAGAUCGUUGUUGACAGAGUUCAAGCAGCCGACCAGCGUGAAUAUAAUAUUAUGCUACUUACAACUGAUAAUGGAAAAAUCCAUAAAGUCUUAGAGGCCGGUUCAGAGCCUUUCAUCAUCUCUCAAACUCAAAUUUCCAACAAUUCAAGUGUUCAAGCGAUGAAGCUUGAUUCUAAAAAGAAAAAGUUAGUAGUUGGUUUUUCUGAGAAGAUCUCCACCAUAGACCUCGAAGGAUGCAACAAGUAUGACUCUUGUGAAGAGUGUGUUCUGGCACGGGACCCCUACUGUUCUUGGACUUUUCCGAGGUGCACUCCAACAGUCCCUGGGGGCAUCCAGAACAUCGUGAAUGGAAGCAUAAGUGUGUGCCCCCCAAAAAGAAAAGGAAUUAGUCACAAAGUACACAAACGAGAUGCAGUUUCGUCGCAAGAUACUAUGACUCACACGGUCCCCCUCUAUGUCCCAUUCUACCUGUCCUGCCCCAUUCACUCCUACCACGCUGAAUACACCUGGAAGCAUCAUGACAGAACCAGCCCCUGUCUGCAGAUGCAUUCCAACUGUCUGCAUCUCAUCCCCUCCAUGUCACAAGAAAACUACGGCACCUAUGAGUGUGUCUCAACGGAGAAAGACUACUCCAAAGUAGUGAAAACAUAUAAACUUGAGGAGCAAAUAUACCGGUCCUCAGAAAUCAGAAAAGACUCCAAGACAGCCAACAUGCAGAUCGACAGCAAUGCAUCGGGUCUGGGUCCUCCAGUAAUCUGGCUCACACUGUUGAGCGCAGCUUUGUGGGAAAUUUUCUGAGAGCAUUUGCAAAAAAAAAAAAGUAUUAACCAAAGCUGCAGCCCAUCAUACAUCUGUGCUUCAUCUGUUCUCGCUCAUCUGGUCAGAUGGCGUAAAUGGGAUUUACUAGUAUAGCCCUUUUCUAGCUUCUUUGAAGGCCCAAAGUGCUUUACAGUCACAAACCCAUUGAUGGAUGCUCCGCUGGCGCCAACCUUCACCUGAAGCAACUUGGGGUUCAAUCAGGAGCCACCGCCCCACCGCUACACCACGGCCAAGGUCAAGAACCGUGCAACCUCAGAAGAAGCUUUAGCUGAGCAAGAAAAACCUUUCCACUUCUGCUGCUAACUUCAGCAGAAACGUGCUUGGAAGAAUCACCAACAGGAACCACACACUUCUCAGUCUGAGUCAAAAUAGAAUCCAGAACAGGAAGUAAGCAGCUCAAUAAAUGAAGAGUUCUGGGGGUUUUGAAAGGUCAUUUGCUUUAAGACCAAUCAAAGACUUUUAUGAAGGGAGUGCUAAAGUGCAAGGAAGUGGACAUAGAGUGAAUAGAUAACUGGAACUCAACUUCUGAAGAACUUCAUGCAAUAAGAGCUCUGGUUAGAGAAUCAUCACUGCUGCCUUCAAACUAGAAUUUGCACCACACAUUUUAGGUGUUAUUUCUAAACACCUUAACAUAAUUAGAGGUUUGGGAAAGGGCAGAGGCAGUUCUAAUUUUCCUGUUUCACUAUUUUUUUUACAUUCAUUUUGCUCAAAAUUUUACUGGAGAUUAAAAUGAUCUCUGAAUAAAACAACAAAACCCUUUAAUUUUUGGAAAUUAAAUGAUCAAGUAUGCCUAUAUAAUUUUGAGAUUAAACUAACUUUUUUUUUUUGUAAGUUUUAAACAAAACUACAUUUUCUUAGAGAAGCAAUAAAUGCACUCCAGUGAUUAUCAAUCUUUCUGUGAUUUGUGGAGUGCCUCAGGGUUUGAUUCUUGGACAACUAUUGUUCCACCACUACAAGCUCCUUUUGGUAACAUUUUCAUAUCACAGAUACGCUGAUGACACUCAGCUUAAUUUGCUGUGUCACUUAUUUAUUUCUGCUGCUGUUGCUCAAAGCAAAUUUCUAAAUGUAGUCAAACUUUUUUUUAACAAGUUUUUUAUGAAAACAUAAAGGAGAACAUUAAAGUUACUUGAGAUCAAAACUAUUUUUUCUUAACAUCUAGAGAAAUACAAUUAACUUACAAUCUGAACUGGAAAAGAACUAAGUUGACAUACAUUGGGGGGACACUAACAAAGACUCUAGAAGAUCUUUAUGAUGCUAAUUAUACUAAAAUAAAGAAAUUAGGAACGAUUUGGACAGAUGGAACAUCUUCUCACUGGAUAUGGCCUCAAGAAUAGAGACGAUAAAGAUGAGCAUUCUACCCCGACUCCUGUACUUAUUCCAAUCACUUCCUGUUGAGAUGUAGAUUCUGGGAUAACAUUAUGUCCAGAUACAUUUGGAACGGAUGCAGACCCAGAAUUAGAUUUGAUACUUUACAAAUAAAUAAACACAAGGGAGGGAUGGCACUACCAAAUUUAAGGGAGUAUUUUCAUGCAGCACAGCUUAGACCUUUAAUUUGUUGGUGGGAUGAUAAAUUUAUUUCCAAAUGGAAAACCGUGGAACAAUUUAUAGAAGGAAGGAAAAUUCAUAGUUUUAUUGGAGAUAGAAAGACCAAAUAGGAGCAGUUUUAUGGUUUUAUGAUAAAAAAAAAUUAACGAAUGGAGUUAUAAAUGUUAUAAAGGUAUAACUGCACUAUGCACAUUAAUAAAAAAAGGAAAAUUUUUAAGUUUCGAAACUAUAAAACAAAACUAUCGUCUGAAUAAUUGUGAUUAUUUUAGGUUUUUGCAAAUAAGUGAAUGGGAGAAGUAAGAAGAGAAAUAAGAAGAUGGGAAAAUUUGACUAUACAGAUGACAACAAGAAAAUAAGAAAAUAUAUGGAACACGUAAAAAACCUGUAAAGUCAAGGCAAGCCAUGUGUUAAAUGUGUUAAAGAAAGAAAGUGUCAAAAAAGUUACUCGAGAUCUUCAAUCUUUCGGUGGCUGGUAGUCUUUUGUCUGCUAUUAAAAAAAAGACAAUAAGAAAGUUGCUGCCCAGUUUGAAAUUUCAGAAUAAGAGCCCUAACCCCAUUACGCUUGUUCUCAAGUCCUUACACUGGAGACCAAUUAGCUUUAGACUUUUAUUUUAAACAAUUCCGUGGAAUAGUGGUUAUACCUUUACCAUAAACCCAGUCAGGUGGAGAUCUGCAAGAAAACAGUCAACAGUUGAACAGAACCAGGAUGAAGCUCUUUUUGGUUAUUGUCUGUGUAUAUAUAUAUUUAUAUAUACUGUAUAUAUGCACAUGUAAAACAGAGAGUUUGUGAUAUGGUGAUGAUGUAUUGGAAUUAAAAUAUUAAUUUUCAAAGUGCAAUGAAUCCAAAAGGCUUUAUUUUGUGACACUUCUAAUAAAUACGCUGUUAUUAUUUA